CCGUAUUCUGGUUUGUUGGUAGGGUUGCUAGGACACCAGAAAACGGAAGCUGGAUGUACUUGGAGUAAUAGCUCGUUUUGAAACACGGGUUUUAAAGAAAAUGUCCGACUUAAAUGAAGGCGACAAAGUUCAGAACUCCAAAACUGCGUUCUCCGCUUUGUUCUCCGAGGGGGAAUGGAUGUUCGUUAAAGGGGAAAACGAAAACGCAGUAAAAAGCUUCACAGCGGCGCUUGCUUUAAGACCCGGCGACAAAAACUGCCUUGUUAGUCGAGCYAAAUGUUACAUGAAGUUGGAGCAGCCUGAAAAGGCCUUACAGGAUGCUGAAAGUACCCUUAAAGGUGACGAGACUUUCUGUGAGGGACUGUACAUAAAGGCAGAGGCGUUGUUCCUCAUGGGGGAGUUUGAAUUCGCCUUGGUAUUUUACCGCAGAGGAUUUGACUUUCGCCCGCACAUGUUCAGGCUCGGUAUGCAGAAAUCCCAGGAGGCGAUAGCAAACUCUGUUGGCAGUCCUUCCACCGUCGAGCUGAACAGUGAAGGAGAUCUUUCAUUUCUUCAGAAAGAAGCAGCGAGAGUACAGCCAAUCACUGCCAUUCAGGAUCUGACCGAGGAGGAAAGAUACGACUCCCCGAAGACCUACAAGAACAAGAAGACAACCAAACAGCUGCUGGGGAAGUUUUACGACGACAAGAAAUUUCUCGAAGAUCUGAUGAAAGACGAAGGCUUGGCUAAAGGCGUGACAGCGAGCGGAGAGCGAGUGCAGGACAUCAUUGAGGGCUGCAUCACGUCGCUUGAGAAAUACACGGAGAUCCGGAGUCCAGAGAAACCAGCUUCGCUUAAAAAAAAAAGAACCGUCCGCAAAUUCAGCAGGAGUGUAGGCCUUCUGAAGCAGCAGAUGGUCUGAAGAAGGAAGAAGAAACAGUUUUCAUUAAAAAGGGUGUUUGAUUUGUGAAAGCAAUAUUUGUUCCCGUGGAUAUCUGGGAAUAGUCUGAAUCUUCUUUGCCAGUUAAUGUACCUUCAAGUAAAAACUGGGAAAUUCUGAUGUGUUUGUAUUAAACAUUUCUUUUAAAUGCUUUUUUUAAACCAAACUUAUUUCCUGUUUGAGCGUAACAUCACAUUUCCUCUGUGCAGACGCUCAUAUUAUGACACAGAUGGUUUAAUUUAAACAGACGACUGCUUACUGGAAAGUUUCUAUAAAUAUUUGUUUGUGUGUUAAUUAGAGAGAGUUGUUUUUUCUUUUUUUCCAUUUCAUUUAUGGUCAGUCUUUUCAUAUAUGGCACCUUUGUUUUUCCAGAGUCUCUUAUAAAGAAGUAUUUUCAUUUUACAAUAAUAAACUGCUUUGUGUUUAUGCAAAUUACACUGAGCAUUAGGGAUAAGACUGAUGUCUGCUCAGCCUAAGUUUUGCAUAUAAGAUAAGAGACUGUUGUUCAUAUUAAAUAAAGGCAUGUUAACUUGUGGA